AUGUCGGCGUUGCAGACUUUCCUGCUGGUAGUGGACCAUGACAAGCAGGAAGCAAAGCAGAUUGCGGAACGAAUUGCUCAAGAUGUGGAGAACAAGAAGACGACCCUCAUCGAAGUUGUACAGUCUUUGGGCGAAUAUGUCAAUGACGAAGACCCGAUUCUGCGAGGCAAAGCUGUCUCCUACCUCUCCGCCGUGAUCAUAGCGCUGCCGUCGAAGUUCCUUACCAGACAACAGAUCCAGGUCCUGACGACCUUCUUCAGCGAUCGUAUCGAGGAUGGAGGUGCUGUUGCAGGACUGGAAACGUUGCAGAGACUGGACCGUUUCAAUAAGGAACUGGCAGCGGAGGUGGCACGAGCCAUUUUUGAACACUUCCAAGAACUACAGUCUCGGUCACAAUCGCAACGAUUCCAGGUUUACCAGCUACUCAAUGAAUUGAUGUCCAACCACCGAGCCGCUCUUCAUGAAAUGGGAGACGAGUCUCUGGUUGGCGUUGUGGACUUAAUGACGGGCGAAAAAGACCCUCGGAACCUGAUGCUCGUGUUUUCGAUUCUGAAAGUGGUGAUGAUCGAAUGGGAUGUCUCGAGCCAUGCGGAACUUCUGUUCGAUGCUGUGUACAACUAUUUUCCUAUCACGUUUAGGCCUCCGCCGAACGAUCCAUAUGGAAUCACCGCGCAGGAUUUGAAGAGCCGUCUACAGGAUUGCAUCUCGUCUACGGGCCAGUUCGCUCCACACGCCAUCCCUGCAUUGUUGGACAAACUGGACUCGACAUCACCGAAUGUCAAGAAAGACGCACUCAACGCGUUGAUCGCAUGUGUCCGCUCGUAUGACCCGGAUACUGUUUCCAGAUUCUCGAUUACUAUAUGGGAUGCUCUCAAAUUUGAGAUCCUCAACGCACAAGAAGAAUUCCUUUCCGAUCUCUCCCUGGAUGUUUUAAAUAAGAUCACGAAGCGACUAUCUGAAGGUGUCACGCAGGUCUCCGAUGAAUUGCCUCUAGCACAGUACUUGCGACCAAUCACUAAGGAAUGCAAUGAUCAAUUGCAGGAGCCCCAACAAAAACAGGCGAAGCCAGCUCAACAGAUACUCGGCUCCAUUUCGACCGCCUCUGCCGUGUCGUUCACAUUAGCGGUACAAACCAUUGUUGCGCCGCUUUUGACUAUCUACCAGGAGGCCGAAGGAAUUGCCAAACAAAGAGCUUUGCUGGAGACUCUCAUAGUCCUCUUCGAUUCCGCUAUCCAAGUAUUUGGAGAAUGGACAUCGCGGGAUCCCGAGCCUGCUGCCGAAAACCCUCUUCUUGAGUUUAAAGACCAAUUCUCGGAUAUUUUUGGCCAGGCUUUAAUGGGGGUUAUCAAAGAGGAGGUGUCCUUCCGAGUUUCCGCGUUGAAGGGAUUUCUGCGCCUGUCUACUUUGCGCAACUAUUUCCAGAAUAACGAAAUUGGACUUUUUGUACAAUACCUUGACGAGAUCCUUCUCAAGGAAGAGUCUGUGGGCCGUGAUGACCUUAAGAAGGAGGCUAUCUCCGCAUUGGCCGAGCUCUCGAAGUACAAGUCAAGGCUUAUCAUGGACAUCACUUUCCCUGCCUUUGUGGCAACGCUGCCCGACUCUGAUGAGGGUACGGAUUCUGAUUACUUGACGACACUCGAGAACCUGGCGCAAAUCAGCGUUGAAAAGGACAUCUUCGAGACCCUGGUCCGACGACUCCUGAGCAAGUUGACAAUUCUGCUGCAGAAGGAGCAGCCUGGCUCCGCGGCGUAUCCCAGAGCAAUCAUCUUGACCAUCUUCUAUGUCAUGAGCCAAAGGAAGAUAGACCAAGAUCCGAACUUGGGCGUCUACUAUGACAAGAUAGUGAUCGGCCUGUGUCGCAGUGUGGCCGAGUCAGCGUCAGGCAAAGCCAAGAACAGCAUCUUGACCGAUAUCACCGUGCUGGACAUCCUCGGAAGACUCUGCAAUCUUAUUGUCAGAUCGCUUCCCAGAGACAAGCAGGACGAGGUCGCAGAGAACGUCUACACCCUAUUUUCCCCGGCAGACAGCUUCUCUCCUGUCCCGUUUGCGCAAUCCGCAGAUGCCAACCAACAACGCACGAUGGUCAUAUCCACGUAUCUUCUCGCGGGACUCCCAGCGGACUGUGACAAGCUGCCAUACAGCAGCCCUAACAUGUCUGCUCUGCUUUCUGAUAUCGCAGCACGUUCCGUCACGGAAUGCGAACCAGCCACACACAUCGCGCUCCUUCGUCACCUCGCUCUUCUCGUCAACAAAUUCCUACCAAAGAGCGACCUUGGCAUCGCCACGGACCUCUUCGACUCCCUCCUCCCUCAAGACGCCGUCGCAACCGAGAAACCUAGCCCGGAGAAACUCGCCGCCACCCUCUGGCUCUCCAAGGCCCUCGUCCUCCGUCUCGCCCCAAAUACCACCCAAAUCCUCACCUCUCUCCUCGCCCUCCUCUCCUCCCCCGACGAAGCCACCAGCACGACCGCCGCCCGCGGCUUCGCUAUCCUCCUCCGAGACGACGACGUCCUCUCCCCCGCCAACGGCGCCAACAUCCGUCUUCUCUCCAAGCAACGCGUCUUCACCACCCUCGUACCCCUGAUCUCCACGCGAAUCCGCGAAGUCAACGUCAACUCCAACACCUCCUCAGACCCCUCAACCUCAACCUCGCACAUCAAACCCGCCCACCUCACCGCCCUUUCCGGCAUCCUCUCCACCAUCUCCCCAUCCCUCGUGAUGCCCGAACUCCCCACCCUCCUCCCCCUCCUUCUCCAAACGCUCGACCUCCAAACCGCCGACUCGCAGGCCGUCCGCUCCGCAACCCUCGCCACCCUCGCCGUCAUCAUCCGCGAGAACGGCGUCUCCGUGAUCGAGAAAUGCGGCCACGUCCAAAGCCUCGUCACCCGUCUGCUCCAAACCACCCAAUACAUGCCUCCCGCGUCCUCCGGGUCUAGCUCUGCGGCACCCGUCAACGGAACCCGUCUGCGCGCCGACGCCCUUAAAUGUCUGUUCUUGCUCGCGCAGACACCCUCGGUUGAUGCGCCGGCUGUCGCGAAGGCGGGAACGCUUUCGCCGUUGCUGCCGGUAAAGAACCAGGUGUUGAGGUCGUUGAAGAUGGUGUUGGAUGAUCCGAAGCGGGAUGUGCGGAAGGCGGCUGUUGAUGCUCGUGGCGCUUGGUUGAGAGGUGUGGAUGAUGCGCCGGAUGAGGAAUAG